UAAAAAUGCACUCAACGUAGUAUUUGCAGAUGUAUUCGCGAAAGUUUCAGCUAUACACUUGACUGUAACUAGCUCGCGGAAUUUGCCACAUUUGUUUGUUGCUGCUGUUUCAGAGAGUGAAUCUUGCAUCUGAAGGAAUCGUUGGAAUUAUUUUUUUUUUCUUUUUCAGAACCUAGCUCCAAAGAACCGGUGAAAGGAUGUGUAUCUGCGAGACUGCUUUCGAGGUCACCGUGCUGGCCAUAUUUUGCCUGACAACGUUGUGACGAUCACAGCUGCAAUUGUGACAGGCCUGUUUGUGGCUACUGCCUUGAUCCUGCUCGUGGGCGUCAUGACUGGCAACAAGACGUUGGUGGACACAUUCGUAUUUCUUGCAAAAAUACGAGUGUUGCUCCAUUGCCUCGGUUUGUUCUACGUCUCCUUUUUGGUAUUCAAGCGCGACUCGGAUACCAAAGGUGGCCACAAGAUCAUUGGCACCCAUAUUUUCGACAUUAUUCUAACGAAGCUUGCUGAAAAAGCGAGGAACGAGAAGUUCAAGCUGGUGGUGGUCGAGAACCAGACAAGUUGGCUGAUGCCAAAACUGAUCACUGCGAUAAUCAUUGACGCAUUCGUCAUCUACCGAAUAAGCGUCUUCUCCGACAGGAUGGGGACAUAAUAGUAGGCACUGCGGUGAAAGGGCAGGCCUGCGAGAGUGCCAGAGGCCAGCGGCACACGAGUUGUGCUUCUCGAUGCAGCUGCUAGUACAGCAUUGUAUUUUGUACGACUACAUUGUACUACAAAUAAAAUCGCCUA